GAAUCGAAGGCGGAGUUGCGCUCGCCGUCGCUUCCUCGCUUUCUCCCACGCUCUCGUCCUCCUCGCACGGGAUAAUGCCGAGGGCGAACAACUGAGAAAUCAGGAUAGGAGAAGGAAAUUUGUCGCAUUCUGUCUCUGGAGAUAGCAAGGUUUUUCCCCUUUUUAGUUCUUUUCUCUGUUGGAGUCGUCCUCGGAUUAGGGUUUAGUUGAGGAUCGACGAGGAUGGAGGCGGCCGGUGAGGAGGAGCAAGACGGCCUUUCGGUUCACUCGCCCGGCCAGGCGCCGCCCUCCUCCGCCUCUUCGUUGCCCAAGGAGCAAUCGCAGGUUGAGUUGGAACUGAGGGUGUUGGAAGCAUUGGAAAUCUAUCCUCCAUGGAGACUGCAGGGCAUCCAUCGUCACUUUGUUCUUUAUGGACUGAUGGAAUAUCUAAGGAGAAGCUUUGACAGACACUUUUCAGCAGAGGAGGUCUUGCAGUUGCUGGAUCGCUUCUAUAAUCUAGAAUUGCUGAAACCAGACGAUGAGGAGGCAGAGAUUUUUAGAGAAGACGAUUUUUCCUUGCCACAGAGCUUUUUCAUCAAGGAUGAGCAGUAACUCGCACCAUUUAUAGAUGUGUUAUUCUUCUGAACUGUUAUUGCCAUUAGCAUUUUGUUUAUAUCACAGGAAAGAUACACCACUAUGUUUAAUAACCAACUCGUUGCCAGAUUCAUUCUCCCUUAUCCUUUUUCAGCAAGAGCAGAAUGCUUUUGGAAUUUUGCAGGAAAUCAAUAACUAUUUUGACUUA